UAGUUACACCUCUUUACUAUAUAUAUUCAUUUACACAUUUGGUUUAUUUUGCUAAGAAUUAUUUUGCAUUUAUUGAUUACAUUGAUAUGAAUGAACAUUUACUGAUUUGUUGCUGUUAACCUGUGUUUCCAGACAUUGGAUGGUUUAGAUUUAGAACAAUGGACAUUUAGAUGGUGGAAGUGGAAGUUGUCAGGUGAGACUUCAUGGUAUAUGAAAAAGUUUAAGUUUAUUGGUUGUUUCCCGUCAUGAGGUGAAGACUGGGUGCAGAAGAUAAGGAUGCAUUGCUUUUUUGGCGGGGGGAAAUGAGUCCAGAACUGAAAGUAAAGUAUGUGUAAACGUGUGUGAAGAAGGAUAACAGUGAGAGCAUCUCUGUUUUAGUUAGAUGGUCAAUGACUUAAUGUACCUCAUUGUCUUUUCUUUGAUCAAGCAAAGCCUUAAAAUGAACAUUCAAAUUCAUAGUAUUCAAAUAAAAACUGAUUUCUACUCAAUAUACUGAAUGUAUCAUAUAAUCCAGUGGGUCUUCCUAUAAAUCACAUGAUCUGUUAAAUCUGAAAGUGAAAAUAAAAUCCUUCAAAUACUUUUGUAACUGAGCUAUUGUUGCCAUUGCAUCAACUCUUCUUCCCUGAAGCACAUCAACUUUUCAGCACAUUUUUGUCCCAGUCAUGGGGGGUUCUUCUUCUUCACCUGUUUUAACAACUCCAUGGAAAGAAAUACCCUGGGGAAAUAAAGAUGAACUUCUGCAGUAUGUGAAGAACUUUCAACCUCAAAAUAAAGAAGUCAAAGCCGUCAGAGUUUUACUCUGUGGACCAGUCGGUGCAGGAAAGUCCAGCUUCAUCAAUUCUGUCAACAGCGUCCUGCAAGGGAGGAUGACCCAUAAAGCUCUGGCCAGCUCCACAACCUCUGAUCAGAGUUUCACCAAGGUUUAUCAAACCUAUAAAAUCAAGAAAGAAGGCAGAGGGAACUUUUAUCCCUUUGUGUUCAAUGACGUCAUGGGUCUGGAGGACGGAGAUGGAAGAGGAGUCAGAACAGACGACAUCAAACUGGCCUUGAAGGGACAUGUGAUGGAUGGAUAUAAGUUCAAUCCUUCAGCUUCUCUUUCUGAUGGUGAUCCUGGCUACAUCUCUUCCCCGUCCAUCAAUGACAGAGUUCAUGUUCUGGUUUACAUUUAUUCUGCUAAUGCAUCAGAAAUGAAGUUGUCCGUUUUACAGAAAAUUGGGGAAAUCAGAGAAGCAGCCAAAGAGCUGGGAAUCCCUCAGCUGUUGAUUCUCACCCACAUUGAUGAAGCCUGUGGUGAAACAGAAAAAAAUCUGAGAAACAUCUACAGGAACAAACAUUUAAAGAAAAAGAUGACUGACUUCAGAUCCAGUCUGAGGAUCCUAAAGAACCACAUCCUCCUAGUGAAGAACUACCGUCAUGAAAUUCAACUGGAUCCAGACGUCGACACUCUGAUACUGAACGCUCUGAGGCUGAUGAUUUACUUUGGAGGCAGCUACGCUAAAAACAGUCACGUUUCAGUUCCAGUCAUGAGGAGCGGUGCUUCAAGUUCACCUUUGGAAAAUCCAUGGAGAAAAAUAUCCUGGGAAAACAAAGAUGAACUUCUGCAGUACAUGAAGAAUUUUCAACCUCAAAAUGAAGAAGUCAAAGCCAUCAGAGUUCUGCUGUACAGCCCAGUCGGUGCCGGAAAGUCCAGCUUCAUCAACUCUGUCAACAACGUCCUGCAAGGGAGAAUGACCAAUGAUGCUCUGGUCAACAACAUAGCCGCUGAUCACAGUUUCACCAAGAAGUAUCAAACCUAUAAAAUCAAGAAAGAAAAGGGAAACUUUUAUCCUUUUGUGUUCAAUGACAUCAUGGGUCUGGAGGACGGUGAUGGAAAAGGAGUCAGAACAGACGACCUCAAACUGGCUAUGAAGGGUCAUAUGAAGGAUGGAUAUAAGUUUAAUCCUUCAUCUCCCCUUUCUGAUGGUGAUCCUGGCUACAUCUCUUCCCCGUCCAUCAGUGACAGAGUUCAUGUUCUGGUCUGCAUUUAUUCUGCUAAUGCAUCAGAAAUGAGGUCAUCAGUUUUACAGAAAAUGAAGGAAAUCAGAGAAGCAGCCAGUGAUCUGGGAAUCCCUCAGCUGGCAAUUCUCACCCACAUUGAUGCAGCCUGUAGGGAAACAGAAACAAAUAUCAGAAACGUCUACAGGAGCAAAUAUUUAAAGAAAAAGAUGACUGACUUCAGCCCCCAUCUGGGGAUCCCAAUGAACUGCAUCCUCCCAGUGAAGAACUACAGUCAUGAAAUUCAACUGAAUCCAGACAUCGACGCUCUGAUUCUGAGUGCGUUGAGGCUGAUGAUUGACUUUGGAGACGACUACGCCAACAAAUUGUGAAGCCACGGCACAAAAUGUUAUCCAGUCAAUAGUGUCUGUUUAAAGUAAACUUUUAUUUUUCUUUAAGUUGGUUUAAUUUAAAACUCCAAUCAGGUGUAAACACCAGAGAAAUGGCAAAAGACAGCAAAAAUACACUAUAAUACCUAAUUCAUUUCUCCUUAUUUAAAAAGUAUAUACAAACUCAUUGCCUCAAAAUUGUUUAGUUUUCAUUAAAUUCACUGAGUAACACCGACAUUUCUAUUUUAGUGAGUUUAACUUAAGUUCACAUAAUAAAUCAGUUUGUUGCUUAACUUAAACAGCACCCAAAGCUUUUUUUUGUUGUUGUUUUUGCAUAUUUAGAUAAAUGUAUGAAACAUAAAUGUCCUAUUGAAAACAAAUUUACUAACUCAAAACUAUGUAUAUAAAAAGAACUUUACUUUAUUGAAACAGUUCUUGGCUCAUGUGUUUUGUUUGUUUGUUUAUUUGCAUCAUAAAACACAAAGUCACAGAACACAGUCAACGAUCGAA